AAAUAAAAAUGGCUACCACUAAAGGCGAAUGCAAAUGGCGGUUGUUAUUGUUCGUGGAAUUGCAAUAAUUACGAAGAUUUUUUUACAAAAUAAACAACAAAAACACUACUAUAAAGAAAUACCAAUAGGCUUAAAACCAAGUAAAAAUAUUCUGUUAACUGCUUGUAUAGUUAUAAACUUUUUACCAGCUCGUACGUCGGUUAAAACAACGCCACAAAACUUUGUCCAAACGCAAAUUGUGACAAGAAAAAUAUUCAACGCCAGUGAAAAGCAAUAUUAUUUAUUUUCAAUGCAUGAAAUGAACAACUGUGACACCACAAUAAUUCACUCCAAGCUGUGAAAAGUGCAUUAUACAAUUUGCAAAUAGUGAUGCGUCCAAUUUCAAGCAAUUAUCUGCAUUGAAAAACGUUGGAAAAACUCUCAACCAUAAGUCCGAUUCAGCCAGCAGAGGAGCGCCCAACUACUGCCCGCCUUCACCCGCACUCCACGUUGUCUUUAAAUAAAAAAAAAAAACGCGUCAAAAAGGAAACAAGAUGCAGAGGUUAAAGUUAAAUAAAAUAAAGUGAGAAGUAAUGCUAUGCUCCUUUUAUGUAUGUGCAUACAUAUGUAUAUAUGUAGGCAGAAGUGCUGACAAAGACAAAAAUAACAACAGCGUUUCAGUUACAGUUUAACUGCAUAACGUGAGCAAAGAAAAAAUACAGUGUGUGCAAGGCGGUAAAGAGUGUUGGACCUGUGUUUUCGUGUCAUAAUUCAUGAUAUUAAUAACAACGACGACUAGAAGCCCGCAAUAGUGGAAAAUGUGCGCAAAGCAAAGAUGCAAUUGUUUAAAUGCAAAGGACGAUUUGAUGCGCGGUUAAUAAUUUGGAAUACAAAUACGAAUUUAUCCAAUACCCACGAUGAUGAUUUUGCUACGCAUCCGUGCUUAUAGAAAUAGUUAUAGCAAAAAUUGUGUGUGCAUGUGCUAAAUGCAAAAUUUGUGCAACACUUUGCCAAUUAAAUCUACGACGGGUACGAUUGCCGUGUGAUGAUAUGCCACUUAAACAGCAGCUUGAACCGUCUUUGCGGAUAUCGGUGUCGCUCCCGUGGGAGGCAGCACUACGACUGCGUCAACUGGCCGUUGAAGGCAAUCCCACCUUGCGUGCGCUCGGGAUUCUUUCCGUUCAGCCUGAAGGCGAUUCUGUGAUAGCUUUAAAAGUUGGAGGACAAGAUAUUAAAAUAACAAAAGAUAAUUCAAACGAUGUCGCAGGCGGUGCAUUUGAGGCGGCUGGCACGUCUUCCAACAAAGCCGCUCACGUCGUUGGCGCUGCCAACUUGGCGACAACGCAUUUGGUGGCACCAAGUUUCGAUGGUCCCAGUACAAGCAAAGCCGCCUAUGUGCAGCAACAACAACAGCAACAUCAGCGACUCACGCAACUGCCGCAGAACGAUGCAAUCUCAAGCCAGCAGCAAUUACAGCAGCAACGGCGAAAUGUACUACCACAGCAGAAAUUAAUGCAGCAGUCGCUGCCGCCGCCGCAGACUCCACCUUCGCCGUACAGUAAUGCAUCUACGACUCCGCCUGUUUUUAAGUCGCCCAACACGGUUUGUCCAAUGGAAGGCAAGGUGCCACUGCUGCCUUCUCCUGCAGGUACACUUAAUGUGCCAAGAGAUUUCCCAUUCGAAAGUAUGCGACAGGCACGCGUCCUGCAGGGCAGGGAUACAGCUGCAACCACAGGUGGCAUGAACACUCUUGGUCCACCGCCUCCGCCUCCAAUUGCUACACUCAAUCUGUUGAAUAAUCAAUCAGCGCAAAAUGGCGAGGUUAUUGCGACGACAAUUGUGGCGGGAACCCCCAAUAAAUCUCAGUUCAUAAAUCCGCCUCCGCCAUAUCCUGGUCUUGGUCCUAGUACAGGCACGAGCUCAAGUUUGACUGCUUCUAAUAACAACAAUCCAGCAGUUGCUGCAACAAGUACGAAACCCGCGCAGACCUAUAAUAUGCCUAUGUCGUCGUCAUCCUCUGCAACAGCAGCGCCUUCAACAACAUCGACAGGCAGUAAUAACAUUGCAAUAUCAUCUCCGCUAUUGGUAAAUUUGCUGCAAAAUGACGGUAAUGCGAUAACGAGUCAAAUGAAAUCGCCCCAGCUGACGGCGCCAGCGACACCCCAAUCGCCUAUUGUGAGCAUGAGUCCAAGUGCUCAAAUGAUGAACUCCAGCUCACCAAUGCGUUGCUCUUCGGCCACGCCCAGUGAUUUUGUCAUGGGAACAACAGGUGCGCCGCUAGACAAUGGUAAUGUGCCUAGUCCGGUAGUGCCAUCCUCUCCAACAGGCGGCGGCCCCGUAAUAAUGCGAAAUAUGCCGAAUCACCAACAACAACAACAGAUGCUGCUCAGUCCCAGUAGUAAUGCGAGUCUAUAUAACCAAGUGCCCGCACCACAUAGAUUUCAGCAUGCGGUUGCACUGCGCCAUCAGCAGCAACAGGUACAUCAACAGCAGCGCCAUCACCAAAUGCAGGGCAUACAUCCGCGAUUCAUACCACCCCAGCAGCAGCAACAGCAACAACAGCAACAGCAGCAGCAGCAGCAGUUUCUUGGACAGCAACAGUCAACUGAUUGCUUCACUAAUAUAAACCUGCAACAGUCGCAACAGCAACAAUUGAGGCAGCAGCAAAUCCGAGCCGGUCUACCACCACCACAUCCGCAGCAACAUCAGCGACUUAUGAGCAUGCCAUUGUCUUCGCCCCAGGCGCAGCAGUUUAUGUCACAUGGUGGCGCCUCGCCCAUUGCCCAUUCACCUGCCUCCAGUCAUCACUCGAUGCACAGUCCGCUGAUGGGCAAUCAUCAGGGUCAACCUCCAUCGCUGCUUUCGCCUUCGACGACACCCAAGAGCCCACAUUCGCAGCAGCUGUCACAGCUUCAGCAGAAGCAAAAAGAGAUGACGCCAAUCUCAAAUAUGCAACAUGCUAACCUUGUACCUGUAGCUGGCGCGGGCAAUGCUCAGCUGCCACCACCACCUGACUACAAUCAGGCGGCGGCAAAUUCGCGCUGGCCCGCGCUCAACAAACCGAUGGAUUCGGUUACUAAGAGCAGUUUCCAGGAGUUCACCCGCUAUCAGAUGCAAUACAAUCUGCAGCAACAACAAAUCAAUUUAGGCAACGGUCCAGCACAGACUACGGCGGCACCUAAUACCGGCGACAUGGUGCCCCCGGGAACCGGGCAACGGCAGCUACAACAGCAACAACAACAGCAGCAGCAGUUAUCGAUGCCAACGCAACUGCAGCCAUUAGUGCCACAGCAAGCGCAGAAUGUGACGAAUGUUUCAAACGUUGGUCAUGGCCUCAAUGAUCCAUUAAUAUCGUUGUCUGACCUGGAUGCCUUAACAACCAACGACUUGGACGCUUUACUGCCAACUCUAAACUGUGAUCUAGACUCAACGCUGAGCCUUGAGGAUAAAAACGAACUCGAAUCGUUGCUUCAGGAUGCUAAGGACCUAGACUUGGACUUAAUCGAGGAUAAUUUGUCUGCGGUCGGUAUGGACGUUGGAGAUGCGUUGAGCACGCUGCAGGAUGCGUCUGGAUGUAUAGAUCAGUCACAGCAACAGCCCCAGCAACAGCAACAGCAGCAACAACAAACUCAAAUGCUGGACAUGCAGUCAUUCAACCAGCAGCAAUUAUUGCAGCAGCAGCAACACCAGCAUCAACAGAGACAACAGCAAUUUAAUCAAUUGCAACAACAACAGCAGCAGCGGCAGCAAUUGCAGCGCCAAAUUCAGCAGCAACAAGUGACGCACCGCUCCCAACAGCAACAACAGCAGCAGCAACAACAUCAACUUCAAAUGCAACAGCAACAGCAGCAGCAACAACAACAACAACAACAACAACAGCAGCAGCAGCAACAACGUCAAGGAAAUAUGCAGCAAAAGCAAUUCAUUAUAAAUCCUCACACCGGUGACAUGGAGCCCAUGGCUAGUGACGAUAGUGAUACGGAGGCCGAGCAGGAAACAACACAACUGCAAUUCCGCAGCAUGUCAAGUAGCCUGAGCGGCUAUGCGGGCUUUAAUCCUGCAAACGAUAUGAUGCUACCGAACAACCUAUUUUCCGAGGAAGAUUCAAACUCUGCAAUGUCUGGAGGUCAACAGCUUCCGCUGGCGGGCAGCAGUGAUCAGGAGAGAUCUCGUGAUUCGAUGGCCUCGAACAAAUCAGCAUCGAAUCGAUCAAGGAAAAUGCCGCAGCUUAAGCUAAACCACAACAAUCAGAAUCAGCAACAGCUUAACCAGAAGCUGCAAAUGUCUAACUCGGGCCAGCCUAUGCAAAUGCAACAGGUGCAAAUGCAGUCAACCACACCAACCGGCGACUCUCCUCGAUCGGGCAACAGUUCUCCGUUGAUUGGCACAAUCGGAACUACCACUGGCAAUAGUAAGAAAGCUAAACCGAAUCUUCUGCGGGAGAAAUUACAGCAGGGCAUGAAAGAACGGAAAGCCAAAGACCCAGCAACACCCGCUACUCCAAAGGCGAAGCGGGAACGUGCUAAGGGCAAUGCUAGGACCAAGGCAGCUGCAGCAGCAGUGACUGUGUCUAAUUCAUCGGCUGAGGACGAAAAAAUCAAACUACGAUUAAAAGUAGAGAAAGUUGAUGUACAACAAGCGUCAUAUGAGCAUCAGCAUGUUCAACUUAAUGCCAUAAUGGACAGCAAUCAUUUGCAGCAGCACCAACAACAUCCGAUGCAAACACAAUUAAUGGCUCUACCUACGUCGCAGCAGCAACAACAACAGCAGCAGCAACAACAGCAGCAGCAACAACAACAGCAGCAGCAACAGCAGCAACAACAACAACAACAACAGCAGCAACAACAACAACAACAGCAACAACAACAACUGCAACAUCAAAACCAUGCUGUGUACAGUAAUUUCCAGAACCAACAACAAAUUGGCCAACAGCAAACUAGUGCUGCAGGACUGAGUGAGCCGCGCGUACCGCCGCUGCAGAUUCGUCUCCGGGGCAAAAACUCGGUGGUUGUAAAGAAUACACGCAAGGAGCGCAAGAAGGCACCAGCAUCGGCAGAUGAGGGGCAAAAAGCUCGGCAAAUAAAGCGCUCCUUUAGUGACCAGGAGGCACAACAACAGCAACAGCAAGCAGUCGAGGGUGCACCGGAAAGCAAGCAAUCUAAGUUAACGCCUGUGCCGCAUGUCAACGGAUUACCAAACUCUGGUAUUAUAUUGCAAAAGGCACCGCAAGCACCGUCUUCGCUGCCGCCACAAUCAGUUCAUCCAGCGCAACAAUUGACAACAGGUGCUAAGACCACAACUAUAGUAGCCGGCAAGAACGGGCUUACGAUCAGUGCCAUUGUGGAGGCGCAUAAGUCUCAGGCCGGGGAUGGACAACUGUCAACCGUGGGCUCUACGAACACUGGUACGGCGACAACACUGCAGCAACAACAACAGCAGCAACUGAGCAAGAUUGCGACCUCGCUGCCAAGCAGCAUCACCUUAAGUGCAAUCACAAGCACAGCAACCACCAACAACAACAAUAACAAUAACAAUAAUAGCAACAAUAAUAACAACAUUAACAGUAGCAACAGCAGCAGUAACAACAGUCGCAUGCUGAGCAACAUAACACUGAAGAACCCCAUUAAGACUGCAGCUACCAUCACGCCGAUUGUGGGUGGAAAGCCAAUGACAAAAAACCAUAAGCCGCCGCCGCCAUAUAUGACCGCUGUGCAACAGGUGCAUUUACAGAAGCAGCAACAGCAGCAGCAGCAGUUACAGAAGCAACAACAGCAGCAGCAGCAGCAGCUACAGAAGCAGCAACAGCAGCAUCAGCAACAACAACUGGCGGCGGCCGUAACCAUGCUGCCAAGUGCGACAACGCUCAAGCGUGUCGAGAUCACCAAAUUGGCGCCAAGCAGCGCCGAUACAGCAACAAUAACAGUCACCACACCCUCGCCAUCCACGCCAACAGCGACAGCAACAUUGUCAAUGCUGGGCGAAAGAAAACUCCCAGUUGCGAUUUCGAUGAACUCGAACUCGAUUGUCAAUAACAAUGUUAAUGAGAGUGCAAAUACUAAUACGAAUGUACCCGUCAUGACGCCGGCACAUCCCAAAUUAAAUCAUGUAGCUCUGCAAACGGUAGUCAAUUCACCAGGCGUUACGUCGUCCCCAACACCAAUAUCAACUCCGGCUCCGGCUCCAACGCCAACACCAGCAUCUGUUCUCGCGAACACGCUGCGAAACUCACCGGCGAGUAACGGCAGCGGCACUCCCGGCCACGGCAACAAUGGCGGCGGCGAAGACAGCGGGAUUGAGUCUAUGGAUGCGCUCUCUGAGAAGAGUCCGCACCAGCAAUCAUCCAGCAGUCCCAUACAAAUGCAACAACAAAUGAUUACAAAGCAAGCAACAAGUUCAGCCUGCACAUCGACAACGAUAACCCAAUCUUCAACAGUUGCAACAGCGGUGCAGACACCGAGCACGGGAAAUAGUAAACUGCAGCAGCUACAGAACGCCGAUGAUGAAAUUGAGAAGGCGCUUGCCAAAAUGGAGGGCGAAUUCGCGGAGGAAUUUGUAGCCACAGCGCGAAAGGAGAACACUGCGUCCAGCAUUGGAGGUGAUUUUCAUUUGACAACAACCAGCACUAAAAUGAAUGGGGAGCAUGAUAUAUUCGAGCACGAUGAUCUCAUCAAGAAGCUGACGGACAAUUUAGAAUCGGAGGAUACGAAAAAGCCGUUGCCUACACCAGCUACAGACGUGAUAGUUGCGACCGUAGCAGAGCCAAAUCCGGAUAUUAAGAUAAAAAUAGAAAACAUCAAACUGGAGGAGCUGCCAACGGUGCUGCCGACUAAAAAGGAGGCUGACGAGCUGGAUAAUCGACAAUCGACUCCAUCGAGUGGUUCUUCUGUUAAACAGGAGUCUGAGCCCGAGCAAAAUCCGGCAUCUACCCCGAUUAAGGAGAAUGAGGUAGUCGAUGAGAAGGAAAAGCCUCAGACUGAAUCCCUGCAGCCCAUAUCCAUUGAGAUUCCCCCUCAGUCGGACGCUGAAACGCCACGAAUUAGAACUCGCGCCACCAGUCGUCUAGAGAGUCCAUUGGAUGCUCAAAAGAGCAGCCCAGAAGCGCAACAGACAACUGUAGUUGUUACAACUACAGCUACGACUGCAGCAACGACAGCGACAGCGUCUAACAGGAGCGCAACGAGGGUCGCGUCGAUUCCGAGUCCCCGGUUGGGAACGACGGCUCCAGUGCAUAACAAUAACAACAACAGCAGCAUGAAGCGUCGUCGGCAGGAGUCGGAGUGCGGCAGCAGCAACGACGGGGCUAACGAUGCGAACCUUCUCAUUGAGACUAGCAGCAACAAGCGCACGCGUAUCAGCAGUGGCAGCAGUAGUGGCAACAACAACAACAAUAAUACCACUGAGGCCACAGAGCCAACGGGUCUGAAUUACAUGCACACCAAAAAGAUUGAGAUCGAGUCUUCUGACUCGGACGAGCCCCUUAUUGAGGUAGCGGGCAAGGUGCGCAAUUCGAAGGCUCAGGUUGAGGAAAAGCACGUGACGCGACGAAACGCCCAGCAACAGCAGCAGCAGCAACAACAAAAAGCUCCCAGCUUGAAUGCAACACCGACGCAGGCACAGAAGACUGGAAAAUCACAGCCCAAUGCAGCAAAUAACAACAAUAAUAAUAGUAAUAAUAAUAAUGCGACCUUACAGACGGUCAGCAAUGCGACAAUAGCUGGAUCAUCAAGCAACAGCAACAGUAGCACAGGUGUAGUGCACGCAACACGUGGCGCGACGGCAGCCGCUGCCACCAGUGGCACCAGCAACAACAGCAUUUCUAAUAACAACAACAUUGUGAACGCCAAUUCGCCAACGGACGAAAAGAUUGGAACGAGGAGGAGCGUAAGAGCGAGCGCUGCUGCUAACAAGAUCAUAUAUAGUCGCAGCAAUGCGGCCGCGGCUGCUGCUGCAGCUGCCGAGCAUAAAAGUACUCCAAGUAAAUCAGCAGCCGGUGCUGCCAGCGUAGUCAGUGGUGUCAACAGCUCAAAUGCAAACGCCAGUUCCGAAAGUGUGGCUGAAGCGCGGCGAAAGACGCGCAGUGCAGUUAUUGGUGAAGCUACAUUGACCGAGGGACGAAGAAGAAGGACUUCGCGUGAUUACAAGUGACCAGAGUUUUGCGCCUUGGCUAAGGGAAUUAACCAUACGAGCGAUGCUGAAGAGGACGAAUUAAUUAAGCUGAUCGAACUGGAUACUGCGGAUCGGUUUGAUAUCAGCACCAGUUUCCCAUUGGCCCAGGCGCAAAACGUCGAAGGAGACGUCGACCAGAAUAACAGCGUUAAUAUCGAUAUUGGAGAUAUAAAAGAGGAUAUCGUGAAUAUUUCUUCAGCGCUGACACUCAUCGGAACAACAGAUAAAAGCGCUCUUGAUUACCUGGAUGAGGAGAGAGCUGAGGCCGAUGAUUUGCAUCUAAUGACGUACCAGAACAGCAGCGAAGUGGACGCUGAAGUAAAUGUGGACGCUGUUAGCCUGCUCAUGCCAGAUCUGAGCAAUGCCACAGCCUUAGACUGUGGCAACUUUGUCGACUACGAUGAAUUCAACAUGUGUCUGAACAACAUUCUGAGCGAGAAGGAUGAUCACGAUCUCAUGGACUGCGAUGCAAGUGGAAGUGCAAAUAUAAAUAGUGGCAGACACCAUCAGCAGCAGCAACAACAGCAGCAAUGGCGUGACGUCAACGAAGUGCUCAACAUUAUGCCGCUGCGAUUUCAGGAGUUUGCAACUGAGGCAAGCAUCACAGGCGAUGAUCGGUCCGCUAGCAGUAGCUCCUCACAAAUGGCAUAACGGCGUCGCUUUGAUUACCGAUUGUUCAAAAUGAUUAUUUCUGCAGUUAUGUAAAUAGCUUAAACUCACAUACAAACAGACAAAACACACAAAUGCCAAUUAUUUCGUUUGUACAAAGGUUUUGUAAAGUUUUUUUCCUUGAAUUUUUUUGUAUAGUUAGUUGUAUUCAAAGGUUGCAAUAAUGUUGCAUCUCUAAACGAGCAGCAUCACACUCACAUAUACAUAUAUAUAUAUAUAUAUAUACCCAUGUUUCACUUAAUUUUUAAUUCGAAACUUCUCUCUGCUAAUUUAGCGCUGCUUUCCAUUAAUCCAAAUCCAAAUAUCCCUUGGUUAAUAGAUUUACUAGUCAAGUGAAACAGACAAUUUGUGUAAAGAUCAAAACAUUUAUUGAACAAAUUAGUUGAAAAUUUAUACAUGCAAAAUUUAUACAAAAAUAAUAAAAUGAAAAAAAAAAACACAAAAAUAGUAGUUUACCCCGACACCUUGCUCUAUGACGCAUGCGUUUUCAUUUUCUCAUCUAAGCAAUUGUAUAUACUUUAGACAUAAUUCAAAUAGAUGCAACACAGUUAAACACAUUUUUUAGAAAAGGUAAAA